AUGGCCAAAUACCUGGCAUGGGUAAGGGACCUAACCGCGAAGUUCCCUUACUUUACGUUAUCUAAUGUUCCGAGGGAGGAAAACGAGCGAGCCGACGCGCUCGCUAAGCUGGCGUCAAGACCAACCCCCAAAGCGUUGCCAGAGAUCGAGGAGCUCCCUGCUCGCGCCAUCGAAGUGGCAACUACGACCCCAGGCAGUGCGCCGAUCACGUGGCUACAAGAGCUGCUGCGCUUCAAGCGGGAUGGAACCCUUCCCCUCGAUGAAGUCGCAGCUCGGCGCCUGCGUCGUACGCACGCGUGGUACUCCAAGGAGAGUGGCCGGCUUUACAAGCGGUCCUUCACCUAUCCCCUCCUGCGAUGCUUGGAGCCUGACGAAGCCCAGACGGUCCUAGCUAAAACUCACGAGGGGGUCUGCGGCGAACACAUCGGCGGGCGAACCUUGGCGCACAAAAUACUUCGCCAAGGCUACUACUGGCCGACCAUGUGCUGGGACGCGAAAACUUACGUACAACGGUGCAGUUCGUGCCAACUACACGCCCGCGCACCCCGACAGCCCGCGGUCCCGCUCAGCCCCAUCGAUUGCACAUGA